AUGUCGAAAGAAGCAGAUAGUUUGGCUCACGGGGUGGCCGGUGGACUAGGAGGCUUGAUCUCAAUGGCCUUGACUUAUCCACUAGUUACUCUUUCCACCAAAGCACAGGCCUCGAAGAAGAAGAAUGAGGAUACUAAAAUAACUGCUGAAGCAGCCAAGAACCUUUACAAUGGCUUGGAAAGCGCACUGGUUGGAAUAACUGCGACGAACUUUGUUUACUAUUAUUUCUAUGAACUGACCGGCUCUGCUCUCAGAAAAGAUAAGAACACUCCCACGACACUCAAGAAAGGACUCACUGCUUCCCAAAGUAUUUUAGCCGGACUAGUGGCCGGCGUCGUUUCCAGAAUUGUAACAAACCCGAUUUGGAUCGCAAAUACCAGACUGACCGUCUUGAAAAGAUCUUCCAGAAAGAAUGCCCCCAAAAACACUGUCCAGGUGAUCUUAUCGAUUGUGAGAAACGAAGGAUGGAAAAACCUAUUCAGUGGGCUGGUGCCGGCGCUUUUUCUGGUUCUGAACCCAAUCAUCCAGUACACCAUCUUUGAACAACUCAAGACGCUUAUAGUCACCAAGCGCAGAAGGGCACUCAGCUCUGUCGACGCCCUGAUACUAGGAGCCUUCGGAAAGCUGAUCGCUACUAUCGUCACAUAUCCUUACAUAACGGUCAGGUCCCGGAUGCACUUGCAUAGUGUCAGAGACUCGCAUUCGGCCCCUGCUACUUCAAGCUCGGAAAUAACCGCAGCAGACUCUGUUCAGUCGCUUCCUGAUGACAUCGAGUCCUCGGCCCAACUUCACGAUCUCGAGAAGCCUAAAAAGGCACCAGGCAUGCUUUCCAUCAUGUUGGAUAUUGCAAAGAACGAGGGAAUAUUGAACCUCUACAGCGGACUGAGCCUGAAAUUGCUCCAGAGUAUUCUAAGUGCUGCAUUCCUGUUCUAUUUCAAAGAAGAGCUCGUCCAAAAAACCGACCUGUUGAUUCGGAAAGCCAAGCGUGUCAAACAAGAUCCCCUGCCUGCAAAGGAUCUCGCUAUCUAG